UUGAGCAAAAGGCCACGGUGGGAACUGGAAAAUAGGUUUUUGAAAAAUGGCCCAGACCAUUACGAAACAGUUCAGUACUUCAAAUUAAUGACAGAAACUGCCAAAACUCUUGGUGCAGAUGAACCUACUUCGCAGAAUGAACUCAAGGAAGUUCUCGAUUUCGAAAUCAGGCUAAUUAAUAUUAGUUUAGAAAAUUCGAAAGAAGAGAAUGAUACGUAUUGCACCAUCCAGGAACUUAAGGAUAAAAUACCACAGUUUGAUUGGAUGAAAUUUUUCAAAACUGUACGGAAUGAUGAAAUCCUUGAAAAUGAAACCGUGCUCGUUAGUGAUCAGGAUUACAUCAUGAACGUUGCCAGUUUGAUCGUAAAUGCAAAGAAAAGGGUGCUGGCCAACUACAUGAUAUGGAAAUUUGUGAAAGAAUCGUUUCCCAUGUUGGGUCUGGACUGGACGCCUCGUCGAGAAAAAUGCUUCGACUUCAUUUAUAACAAAUUCUCAAUAAUUUUUGAUUCAAUCUACAUAAGACAAUACCUACCAGAGGACAUCAAGAAAGCUGCUCUGGUGAUAACUACAUACAUAAAAAAGGAAUAUAUAAAUAGGAUAUAUGAAACUGAUUGGAUGGAUGAGGAAUCCAGCACAUACUCUGUGAAAAAGGCUAAUGACACGAAGUUGCAAAUUGGCUUCCCGAAGAUAUUUUUGAAUGAUACAUAUCUAUCGGAUAUGUACAGUAAAGUGACGUAUAAUAAUGAAAGUUUCUUCAAUAACAUUCUAAACAGAAAGAAAUGGAUGAAAACCGUGUUUAGCGAAUGGAUUGACAAAAACUUCUUUGAACUGAAAGCUCAUACAGAAGAAAUAUGGGAUCCGUUCUUCUUAGCAAUCACCUCAAGUGCCGCUAUUGAUCUUGUGAAGAACAUAAUUGACAUUAGCGUUGCAGUAUUCCAAGACCCUUUGUUCAACAAGGAUCGACCAAAAUACUUGAAUUUUGGAAGUGUAGGUUUUCUUUUUGGACAUGAACUUACGCAUCAAUUCAAUGGACGAAUACUAGAGUAUUUAUCAGAUUAUUCUGGUAAAAUAGUGGGCAACGGUUGGAGCAACGAUACUAACAAACAUUUCAAAACUAAAACCAACUGUUUCUUGGAACAAUACGCUAAGUAUACUACUGGUAAUGGAAUGAAGAUGGAUGUUAAUAAAACCCUUAUAGAAAAUAAAGCUGACAACCUUGGUUAUGAACUAGCUUAUCUG